CGUCGUCCACGGCUUCCGUAGCAGUUGCAAGACCGAUGGGAAGAAGGAGGCGGGCAAUUGAGAGGGCUUGCCUCAAUUUGUUCCUUAGUUCUUGAGGUUCCGUCUUCCACGGCUACCUCCACUCCCUCCACUUGCGUAUUUGGUUGUGAGUUGGCAAGGUGCCGCACUCACGCACCAAAGACGGCACGUCAUCCAUGAUCAAGUACGCGGCGCUGGAUCCGACUGCGGCGUGCUAGCCCAAUGUCAGCAAUGCACUGAGACGCCAUGGAACACAUCGGAUCAAGCUGGGCUACUACUCCAUCCAGUCACCGAGUACUGAGUACCAUUUCAUCUCCGACCUCAUCAACCAGGGCUCCGACAGAGGAGGGUGGGCAUUCUGUGCAGAGAACUAGUGUCUUGCCAUCUCAGGAUUCUGCUCGGAAUUCGGAUUCAGGAACCGCAUCAUAUACGUCAGAUCCAGUAUGCGAGCAAUGCCACGCGAAGCGUGUCAGAUGCGACCGCGUCAAGCCUUGUUGCGGUGCCUGCUCUCGCCGCGGUCGCGAUUGCUCCUUUGGCCGGCGCCAAGGACAAUCUACCCAGGAAACAUCUGUUCAAAGCACCCCAGUAUCUCUAAACAACAGCGCUGGAAUCACCACCCAAAUCUCCAGCAGCAAUGGCCCUUUCACUCAGGCUACUCCCGCGGAGCGACAUCCAGUAUUACAAGACGGCAUAUACGUCUUCGAAGAGGGUGAUUCCCAGCCCGCUGCCAUCAUUGCAAAGAUUGAAGGUAUCUUGGAGGAUAUCGUUGAUGCACUGAGUUUAAACCGUGUCCUGAUGAUUCCACUCCGCAGCCGCCAGUCUGGGAAUGAGGUAAUGAUUAGAUUCCCAUCAGACAGGAUCGCUGGCGCCAAGAAGUUCACCGCGCUUCUUCAAAUUCUCCAUUGCAUCCAUGAAGCUCUUGUUUCUGGUCGUAUUGUCACGAAGAGAAACAUAUACUACCAUAACCCAGAUUUGUUUUGCAGUCAAGCAUACGUCGACCAACUCGUGGAUGACAUUGCCUUUACUUUUGGAGUUGGUAGAGACGCUUUGAAUGUGCGUGCUGCUUCCAAAGGCCUCGUUGCUGGAGGCAACUUUGAUAUUAUCGGCCAGGAUCAUCAUGGCGUUCCUAUACCGCACACCAGCAGCCUCGAUGGUGUGGACUUCCAUUCAUCUCGGUGGAUUCUGGUCAUUGAGAAAGAGGCCACAUUCCGCAGUCUUGUUGCCUCCAGGUACUUUGAGUUAUCGGCUGCCGGUCCUGGCAUCCUGAUCACUGCCAAGGGUUAUCCAGACCUUGCAACGCGCCAGUUCCUACACUUGGUACAAUCCUCUUAUCCACAUAUCCCAAUUCAUGCUCUUGUGGAUUUCGACCCAGAUGGUUUGGCGAUCAUGCGCACUUACAAGCACGGUAGCCGCAGCCUCGACCACGAGGAAAAUGUCACACUCCCAGGUCUCUACUGGCUGGGUGUCAAGAGCAGCGACGUUUUAGAUCCCCAGCGGCACUUGGCGGCUUCACCAUUGCAGCAAUUGAGCCAACAAUCAGGCAACAUGCCCCCGUCAUGUCAACUUUCAGCCUCAUCGAACGUCCAUCCCCCGAACCAGCUGAACAUGGAAACGCUCUGUACUCUUACUUCAAAUGAUCGCAAGAAGGCAGUAAACCUCCUCCGCAGCCUCAAUAAUCAGCAUGACCAAGACACCGAGGAAAUGAUGUUGACGCGAGAGCUGCAGCUCAUGUUGAUGCUUAACAAGAAAGCAGAGAUUCAAGCAUUGGAUGACAGCAUGACUGCAUGGUUGAAUGAGCAUUUAUGCGCAUGAUUCUCCCUGGCUUCCCACUGCGGGGGUUCGGAACAUGUCUGUUGAGAGCGUAAGAUCGUCACUUGGGGAAGCUGGAGAUGGAUCUUGACAUUGGGUGGAUCUGCUGCCGACAUGGUUUUUGUUACGAAGGUCUACGGAAUGCAGCGGGUAUCAUGGUUUAUUUACGAACUUCAAAGUCCAUCUGGCUUACUAUCUGAUGGGUGCUUCUCCUGCUAAAGAUGUGUUCAGAGAGAUCUUGCGUCCACGAACCUUCACUGGGAGUCACGUGACCGAAUCCACCUACUUCAUGCCGAACCUGACG